AUGGGAGAUUUCACUGACAUUAAAACACCUGCAAAGGUUGCAGCAAGAUUUGGACAAUGCUUAACAAGUACAACUCCAUCAAUUGAAAUUACUAAAGAUAUUGAACCAGUUGAAGAUAUUGAAAGAAAUGGAUUCACUUUUACAGAUGGUAUUGGAAAGAUAAGUGAAGAAAUGAUGCAACGAGUAAAGGAAAAGCUUCAAUUAGGAGAAUCAUUACUAUCAGCUAUUCAAUUUAGAUGUGGAGGAGGAAAGGGAGUAUUAGCAAUAGAUCCAACUUUAAAAGGAGAACAAAUAGUUUUCAGAAAGAGUCAAUUCAAAUUUACCUCAAUACAGAAACAAUUGGAAAUUGUGGAUUACUCAAAGAGGAGAAGUGGAUUUUUGAAUAGACAAUUCAUAACAAUUUUGACAGCACUUGGAAUUAAGGAUGAAAUAUUCAUGACAAAACAGAGAGAAAUGAUACGUUCCAUUCUUAGUAUAACAGACGAUGUCUCAAAGGCCUAUGAAUGGCUGUCGAUUUACCAUUCCAACCAUACAAGGACAUUUAUUUGCCAUGUUCUUAAAUAUGUACCAGAAAUUGCAACAUCAGAAAAUUUUAUCAUGAAUAUGUUGAGUUCAUAUAAGGAACAAUUAUUGAAAGGAUUACGAGACAAGACUAAAAUAUAUAUUGAGAAAUCAGCGUAUUUAAUGGGAGCCAUUGAUGAGUAUGGAGUUUUGGAGGAAAAUGAAAUCUUUGUUAAUUUAUCACCUAUCUUUCAUAGACCUAAUGCUGAAUUUGGAGUAGUUAAGGGAAGAUGUAUUGUUGGAAAGAACCCUUCUCUACAUAAAGGUGAUUUGAGAAUAGUAACAGCAGUCGAUCGUCCAGAACUUUACCAUUUAAAUGAUGUUGUGGUAUUUUCUAAGAAAGGAAAAAGGCCAAUAACAAACAUGAUAACAGGCUCAGAUCUUGAUGGUGAUCAAUUUUUUGUCUAUUGGGAUCCAGACUUGAUUCCUGAAUCAGAUUCUGAACCAAUGGACUAUUCAGUUGGAGCUGUAGCCAAACCAACAAACAAAAAAGACGAGGAGGAAGAAGAAUACAAGAUUAAGCAAGAUGAUAUUAUAGACUUUUUCAUAGAGUUUAUUACGAGAAAUAAUCUUGGAUUGAUUGCCAAUACUCAUUUGGCUAAUUCUGAUUUUAGAAAAAAUGGUUUAACAUCGAAGGAAUGUUUAACACUUUGUGAGCUUCACUCAACAGCUGUAGACAGUGCCAAGAGUGGUAAAUUUGCAAUCAUUCCAUCAAAGGUCAAAUUAUAUGAAUAUCCACACUUUAUGAUUUCUUCUAUGAAAAGAAAGUACAAGUCUAAAAAAGUGCUUGGAAAACUAUUUGAUGAAACACAAUUCAAACAUGAAACACCAGGAAAAUGCAACAAAAAGCACAAUUCAUUACUCAUUGUUGACGGAUUUGACAAGUACUUGAAGGAAAUAGAGCCACAUUAUUACAAUUACAGUAGAUUUGUCAACUCGGAUAUGGUAAAGUAUGGCGUUGAGGACGAAUCACAAAUUAUUUCAGGUUGGAUUAAUACCAAUAUCAAAUGCUUUGGACAUAAGGAACAUGAUAUUCACGAAACCAUUGCAAUCACCAUUUCAUUCUACCUGAAACAUUUUAGGAAUGUUUUCGAAGAGAUGGUAAGGAAAUAUGGGGAGAGUGAGCGAUUGGCAAUUGCCUCUGCCUGGUAUUACAUUACUCAUACAGAGAAAAAUCAGUUCAAUAUUUUCAGUUUUGGGUGGAUAAACUUUAAGGAACUGGUAAUGAUUGCUACGAAAGAGAAGGAAAUUAGAGUGGAUUCGGAUGAAGAAAUUCAAAAUCUUGAAGAAAAUAGUGAAGGAGAAUAUGAUGAGAAUUAUAAUGAUGAUGAUGACUUGUAUGACUUGACUGGAGAUGAAUCAGAAGUAGAAUCAACAUGUUCAGAAGUGGAUUCAUGGACAGAAGGAAUGGAUAAUUCUUAUUUCUAUUAG